AUAGGAUCUGCCAUUUUAAAAAAAAGAAACAGUCGGCCACGCUUGCUACAGAAAUCAUUUCACUUUUUGGGGGCCUAUUUUCCCCCUUUACGUUUAGUUCCAAUAUUGCUGUAAUUACCUCAUUACCAGAGCAAAACUUUAAAUCGUAAGUCAAAAUUUGAAAUGGCCGACUUAGACGAUUUCUUCGCGAAAAAAGAUCGCAAAAAGUCAAAGGCAGUGAAAAAGUUCGCUACAGCCGAUGAGUUAGCCAAAAAAUUGGACGACCCAAAACAGAAAUCAGAUGUUAGGCCGAAGAAGGAGCGGCCGGCUCAGGAGGGAGAGGAAGGAGGCCGAGCAGGGGAAGAGGAAGAAUGGAAGGAGUACGAAGAACCGGUGAAGGACUACACUGGGCUGAAGAUUCAGGUGCUGCAGGGCGGGAACGGACAGCAGGGCGAGUCGGGCCGCGACUCCGCUUCCGAGGACACCGCCCCUGAAGGCGGGAAGGUCAAGGGACCGUGGAAUAAGCCUCAACCGGAACCGGAAGUGGAAGCGCCGGCGCCCCCGCUCGUCGAGGAGCCGAAGCCCCGCGAGGUGAAGCCGGCGACCUACGUGCCGCCGUCCUCGCGUCAGCGGCCCAUUGAAAACGUUCGCAGGAGUACGAAGCACGCGCCCGACAUCCACAACGACGACUACUUCCCGGUGCUGGGCGCGAGCGCCAAGCGCGGCGGCGGCGGCUGGAGCACGGCCGGCGCCGGCGCCGCCCGCGAGCCCUCCGCGCCGCGCCAGCCGCUCGCGCUCGGCAACCGCUUCACCUCGCUGCAGGACGACAGCUAGCCAGGUAACACAGAGCCACAACGUGAUACGCUGCAUUAAAGUGAAGUGUCAAUAUGGACUUGUAAGCGAAGCCUGGCGCAUAGCAUAUACAAUAUAUUACCUAUACAACACACACUCAUACAGACAGAACAACAUGCAUUUCCGAUUAUGUAGCCCCAUGCAGGAUUAACAAAAUGGCGGCUAGACAGUUGCUAUACCGACUAUAAAUGUUACAAACUACUCUUCAGUGCUGUUAUUUGUUAAGCCAGUAAUGUUUAAUCGUUACCACAUCUCGGAGACGUCCGUUUCGUAUGAAUUGUAGACAAUAAAAUUAAUGCCUAAAGUGCUUUCUCCACAUAAAUGUAAGGACGGAUGUUACGAACACUUUUUACAACACAAUAUGGCAACUGUCUUAAAAAAAGUGUAAAAGCAAGAAAUGAAUGUGCGAUUUGUUAUUUUUUAUGUUUAUAUUGAUAAAUAAAUAUUUAAAAAAGUGUCUCGUAUGCGUGGAAAUGGACAUUUAGGGGAAAAAAAUUGGUGGAAUUAUUUAUACAAAACCGAUGAUUUAAAGUGUUAAUAAUCAAUAAACCAAGCGUGGAAUAUAGAUUUUUAUAUUUAAACGAAAUUGUUAUACAAAAAAAUAAGAAACAUUUGGAAAAUAAAGUGCUCCGUUCUAUGACAUUGUACAUUUUGUUUUGAUAUUGCAAUUCUGUAACAGCAAAUCAUUGGAAAUAUCUUGUACCAUAGAAAUAAAUUAUGUAUUUAAAACAAA